GGUACUCGUCUGCUUGAUUGACAGUUGCCAUAGCAACAGCCCAGGCUGUCGCCAUUUUGUCAGUUGCUUUUUUAAUCUUUCAAAUGUUUUCGCUUCCCGCCGGAAUAAUGCAGUCAUGCGCUCGUAACAGUGACCGUUUUAGAAAGGCUUCGCCAACCGCGUCGGACUGAAAACGACACCAGGACAAAGAAUCGGAAUGUCAGGAAUAUAUUUAUUGGGCUAGUAGUCCGUGUCUCGGGUCCGCCGGGCCGGUCCGCUGCGCAGGUUUGGAACGCGCGCCAUUUUGUGAAAACUGACAGAAAAGCUUAACGGUUUUUGUUCACCUUUUCACGUAGCGCAUUCUAUAAUAUCGGCAUGUCGUUGGUUUUUUGUGACUAUUUUUGCUUUUGAAAACAAUUCAUUUGCGUCUCCGCCUCUACAGAAGCGAAUAAUCUUGAAUGUGCGUUUCCGAGCGCUAGCUGGUUAGCCGCGUUUGUUAAAGUCACUGAGAAAGAGCGCUAACUAGCCGCUAACCAUCACUUCACCACUUACAAACCGCCGCUAACCAUCACUUCACCACUUACAAACCAUGAUUAAUGCACAAAUUAGAUCUGACAUGGGCAAAAACGCAUUGGAAAGACGCUGUUUUACCUGUCAGUCGAAAUAAGAAGGCAUUUAGCCCCGUCUGGCUCAAUACAUUAGGGGUGUCUCAUCGGAAGCAGCGUAGAGAAACUGGAUCAGUCGCCUCACUUAACUGGAUCUGGGACUUUAAAUGAAGAUCACACCAUCAAAGGGGGAGAGACCUCAGCAUGCAAACCCUCGUCUGUCCGGCUUGCACCCUCUCUUUCUUUCCAUGCUGCUGGUCUUCAGAUGGCUGCUCCCAUGCCUCAUUCGCACCAGCAGUACAGUGACUGUCACCAGCAGAGUACAGAUCAGUCUGUCACUGUACUGCCAUACAGUGAUCAGACACAAGCACUCACUGCCAGCCAGAGGCACAUGCCCCAGUGCUUUCGUGACCCCACUUUAGCUCCUUUAAGGAAGCUCUCCAUAGACCUGAUCAAAACCUACAAACACAUCAAUGAGGUGUAUUAUGCAAAAAAGAAACGACGGCAUCAACAAGGUCAAAGUGAGGACUCCAGCCACAAGAAAGAAAGGAAAGUCUUCAAUGAUGGCUACGAUGAUGAGAACUAUGACUACAUUGUCAAGAAUGGGGAAAAAUGGAUGGACCGCUAUGAAAUUGACUCUUUAAUUGGAAAAGGGUCAUUUGGCCAGGUUGUAAAAGCUUAUGACCGAGCUGAGCAAGAGUGGGUAGCAAUUAAGAUCAUCAAGAACAAGAAGGCCUUUCUGAAUCAAGCUCAAAUUGAAGUACGGCUUCUCGAGCUCAUGAACAAACAUGACACAGAGAUGAAAUACUAUAUAGUACACUUGAAACGGCACUUCAUGUUCCGGAAUCAUCUUUGCUUAGUAUUUGAAAUGUUGUCAUACAACCUUUAUGACUUGUUACGGAAUACGAACUUCAGAGGUGUCUCUUUGAAUCUGACACGGAAGUUUGCCCAGCAGUUGUGUACAGCACUACUGUUUCUCGCUACACCUGAGCUCAGCAUCAUCCACUGUGACCUAAAGCCAGAGAACAUCCUGCUAUGUAACCCCAAGAGAAGUGCCAUCAAAAUAGUGGACUUUGGGAGCUCCUGCCAACUGGGACAAAGGAUAUAUCAGUACAUCCAGAGUCGAUUCUACCGCUCCCCCGAAGUGUUAUUGGGAAUGCCGUAUGACUUGGCCAUAGACAUGUGGUCUCUGGGAUGUAUUCUGGUGGAAAUGCAUACAGGAGAGCCUCUAUUUAGUGGAGCCAAUGAGGUGGACCAAAUGAACAAAAUUGUUGAAGUACUUGGGAUCCCACCCAAUCACAUAAUGGACCUAGCACCAAAAGCCAGGAAGUUCUUUGAGAAGUUGUCAGAUGGGACAUGGAGUAUUAAGAAGACCAAAGAUGGAAAAAGGUACAAACCUCCGGCAUCUCGAAAGCUCCAUGCCAUCUUGGGAGUGGAAUGUGGUGGACCAGGCAGUCGUCGGGCGGGAGAAUCCGGCCACGCUGUAGCUGACUACUUGAAGUUCAAAGACCUCAUUCUCAGAAUGCUGGACUACGACCCCAAGACGCGAAUUCAGCCCUACUAUGCCCUCCAGCACAGUUUCUUCAAGAAGACGACGGAUGAAGGAACCAAUACAAGCAGUAGUGUGUCAACAAGUCCUGCACUUGAGCAGUCGCAGUCAUCAGGGACCACUUCUAGUACAUCCUCAAGCUCAGGAGGAUCGUCUGGAACAAGCACCAGUGGCAGAGCAAGAUCCGAUCCAACUCACCACCAUCGGCACAGCGGCGGGCAUUUCAGCACAGCCAUGCCAGCCAUAGACUGUGACAACCUUUGCCCUCAGGCGGGACAGCCUUAUCAUCCACCAGUAGUAUGGCCUGGAAUAGUAGGACCAGAACCUGUCACUGUAGAGACUCAUCCAGUCCAGGAAACCACUUUUCAUGUGCCUCCCCAGCAUCCCAAGGCAUUGCACCCCCAUCACCAUCAACAUCACCAUGGACAGGUCAUAGCAACGCGACCACGGCCGCGUCUCUACAACUCGCCCACCAACAGCGCCUCCACCCAGGAUUCCAUGGAGGUGGUGCACGGUCAUCUGUCCAUGACAUCCCUGUCUUCCUCGGCAUCCUCUUCCUCCACAUCUUCCUCUUCCACAGGAAACCAAGGCAACCAGGCUUACCAGCUCCGCCAGCUUCCUGCCAACACCCUGGACUUUAGCCAAAACGGAAGUAUGAGUAUGGGUUUGGGUGCCUUCUCAAAUCCUCGCCAAGAGACUGGUAUGGCUGGACAUCCCACGUACCCUGUUGCCACAAACACAGGAACUGGUCACUUUAUAGCAGAGGGACACCUGGGCAUGAGACAAGGCAUUGAUAGGGAAGAUUCUCCGAUGACUGGAGUCUGUGUUCAGCAGAGCUCGAUGGCCAGCUCAUGACUUUAGCUGAAAUGGGUUUGUUUUUCUGUGUGAAUUUUGUUUUUGUUUUGUUUCGUUUCCCCCCCCCCCCCCCUUU